UUCACAGAUGGAUCUUCAACUUUGAAAAUCUUCGUGAGGUUCUUCUGCAAAAAGCUACUGCAUAUUAAUUCUUUAAGAUUAAUGACGAAAGGGCUAAUUGUGUAUUGACAACGGUGUGUUAUGUUAAAGGAUCUGUCGUAUAAUUAGGGAGUUUAAUAUAGAAGAAAACGAUAAAGCAGGUAAUUUCAUCAUUCAAGAAAUGCAGAAGAAAGUAGUUGGGGGUGAACGGCACAUCUACGUAAAACCUAGCGAUGGACUGGAUCCUAGUGGUGCACGUAGGAAGAACCCCAAAGAGAAACCUGUUCUGGAAAACAGAGAGAUGAGGAAUAUCCCCAUAGCUCCAAGUCUUAGCCAGGAAAUUAGGAACAUUGCUGCACAGUCCAGUGGUGCUCUGACCAUCCAUGGCAAAAGAGGGAAGAAGAACGACCAUCCCAUCAUUCCGACUCCGCUGCCAGAGAGUGCAGAAGGUGUGUAUGGAGAACCAGAACUGCAUUCAGCUCUGAGGGUCAGUCAAGCCUUGUGGAAGGUGAGAGAUGAGGAGCCUGACCUGUCGAUGAUGCUCAAGGAGAAGCUGGAGUCUCCAAACACAGCUGCCAGGGUUAAGAAGCAGAGAGCAAAGCGAGUGAACAUAUCUGGGUCACGGCAGAUCUUCAACGACCUGGUGUCUGUUGAUGUCAAAGAGCAAGAAUUGGCAGCCCAGUUUGAAGAUCAGCUCCAUAUGAGAGCAACAGCAGUCCAGCCUCGAGCCAGACCUCGUGACCCUGAACCAGAGCUAAGUGAUUACCUCAACAUGGAAGAUUACAUAACCACCUGUCCCAUCACCAGCAUACAAGUGCACCCUCCAUUUAACAGUGUCAGGCCUCACAGGGUUGGGAGGGAAGAACUGUGUCGUUUGUAUGGUCAGCUGAUGGAGUGAAAAUAUGUGUGUAUCGUGUGUAGUGUAAUUUUGUCAAAUAAUGUUUGUUCUGAAAGGAUAUUUUUUAGUUUUUUACUGUCUUUUUGAACAUGUACAUUAGACGUGUUGAAUCUUGUGCAUAUAUUUUUUUUAGGAGAGAGGGACACCUUCCUAUACAAAGAUACUUUUUUCUUCUUUUUACUAUUUAUGAAGUACUGAAAGUGGGAAUCAGGUGCAGCUUAUAUGACCUGGUAUAGUAUAUAUCCUGUUAACUGUUCAAGCAUGUGAUUUCAUUAUGCAGGGCAUUAUAUCCAGUAGAAUAUAUUUAACACAAUGCAUAAUUUUAUUUUUAGCAAAUUCUGGUUAUUUUUAGUUUACUGUGAAAUCAUGAAUUCAUCUGCUUUUCUGCCAGCACUGCGGUCUUGAAUACUGAUAUAAUACAUUAUUCAUGUUGUUUACAAGUAUUGCAUGCUAUUAUAUCAUUCCUAUAUCAUUCUUAGAGUGAGUAAAGUUUAGACUUACA